GUCUCAACACACAAAUAAUUGAAUUGAAGUGAAUCAUUUUUGGGGGUACCCCAAAUAAAUAGACUAAACACCUUGCAAAGUUCCUGUUGCAAUUGCAACUUGCAAUCACUAACUAACUGCCAUUUUCAUUGCUCUGACAAGUUUAUUAUUUUUAGUUCUUCUAUGAGCAUAGACAUGAAAGAAGCAGCUGCAACUGCAACAACUGCAAGUGCCUUGGGUGCCAAGACGGCCAGGGCUUGCGACAGCUGCUUACGGAGGAGGGCACGGUGGUUCUGCGCUGCAGAUGAUGCCUUCCUCUGCCAUGCCUGCGACAACUUGGUCCACUCCGCGAACCAGUUAGCGAGCAGGCACGAGAGGGUUAGGCUUCAAACGGCGUCGUGCAAGCUCACCAACAAGGUAACCACCGCACACGCAUGGCACAGUGGGUUCACGCGCAAGGCAAGAACACCACGCCACAACAACAACAAGCACUUAGCCUUACAACAAAGGCUUAAGGACCAAGUUUUAUUCAACACCGCUUGUGUUCUUCCCGUUGUGCCGGAGCUUGGAGUUGAAGAAACAGCUCUUCUGGAUGAUCUUGAGAGCGAGGAGCAGCUGCUGUGUCGCGUGCCCGUGUUUGACCCUUUCGAUGCAGAGCUUUGCAAUGAUGUGUACAGUGAAGUCAGGGACGAGAAGAAUCACGAAGAACGAGGUUGUUGUGAUGACUUGGAGAGCUUCUCUGAGUUUCUGCCAUCGGAUAUGGAUCUUGCUGAGUUUGCUGCUGAUGUUGAAACCCUGCUUGGAAGUGGGAUUGAUGAGGAUUCAUUAGGAAUUGAUUGCAAAGAAGAAGUUCAAAGAGAAGAUGCAUGCGUUAGAGCCGAAACCACCAUUAAUAUUAAGGAGGGUGCAAUGGUAAUGGUAAAGGUGAAGGAUGAGGAGCUUGAUUCAGAUACAGCAAGUCAUCUUCAGUCAGUUUUUGACAUCACAAACGAUGACGAAUUUGAUUGGAAUAUCGAAUCGGUGCUCUUAUCGGCGGAGGAAAAGGCGACCACUGCCGCACCAGUAAGUAAUAAUAGUGAUAGUGUUGGUGAAGAGAAAAAGAGGGACAUAUUUUUGAGACUAAACUAUGAAGAGGUUAUAAAUGCUUGGGCAAGCCAAGGUUCUCCGUGGACAACAGGAACCCCUCCUCCGUUCAACCCUCAUGAUCAUUCCUGGCUAAAUUUCUUGGAUCCAAGUGGUGGAGAUGUUCAUCAGUGCUCUUCUUAUGGGAAUGGCAGAAGCGUGAGGGGACAUGUUGGAGAUGGGGGAAGAGAAGCAAGAGUAUCUAGGUACAGAGAGAAGAGAAGGACUCGUUUGUUUGCUAAGAAGAUAAGAUAUGAAGUGAGGAAACUGAAUGCGGAGAAGAGACCUAGAAUGAAAGGUAGAUUUGUCAAGAGAUCAUGCCUUGUUGGAGGAGCCACAUCUUCCUUUCAACCCUCCUAUAACUGAGCGAGACUGACAUCAAUCAAUCAUUCAAUCAAGUUCCUUGUUUGCUUUUUCUGCAAAUCUGGAAUGCUUCUGUAACAUAAUAAUAUCACUACUAUUCUAGGUCAGGUUUGGCUAAAGUUGUUGCUUGGGAUUGAAUCUCUCUAUCUCUAGCAGGUCUCUUAGUUGGGUAAUCAGAUUUAGGAAUUCGGGUAUUCGAUGUUGAUGCAUGCAUUACCCAGUUAACUUUCUAGCUAGGCUACUGAUAUUUAACAAUGUUUACUACAUAUAUAUAUCAAGUUCAGAUGUUAAUUGUUGAAUUAGUUUGUACAUUAUCUACAUAUAUAUAUAUAUGCUUGUGACGAUUUCGGUUUAA